AUGAGUGGGGAGCCUGGAUUCCAACUCAAGCAGACAAACGUUUCUCAGCCCCAAUUGUCCCACCAAAACUCGCAACAGAGCGUUGCCGCUUCACUGACUGCCUCCGAAGGCUACUACAGCGCGUCCGAGCACGCGUCCAGCUCAAGUGAAGAGAGGAGGCCUGUCUACCAAACACCGCCCUCAUACCGCCAAACACCAGCGCAAAGUCAUGAGCAAUUGAUCCCUCACACCAACAUCCCCACAACAUCACUACGAGGUGUUGGUAUCCCCAGGCAACAGCUCCAGCCUCCGCAGCCUUCCUUCGUUCACGAACGCCCUCAGUCACCCGCAGUAUCCACCAUUGCCGAGGAGUCGAGGCCAGGAACCCAAAACGCACGCCGAUCCCAGUUGAUCCACGACAUGGAGACCGAAUCGCAGGCGACUACUCCAGGCCAUGACACCACACCAUAUAUUCGCUUCGCCAUCGACCAGCUCACCCGAGAUGAAGAUGUCCGAGGCUCAAGAAUAUAUCCAGAGGUCCGACCCCCAGUCGCAGUCCAGGAUGAUGAUGACGACGAUUACCCCGUCGAGAGAAUCAUUCCCGACAAUGGGCUGGGAUAUAUGGCACUGGAGCAACAGACACAGGAGAGAAUGCAACAGCACAAGCCCGCACGCAAGUCGUUGAGACAUUCAUAUACACCACUGGCCACUGCCCCGGCACCCAUGGCUACGCAACCAGAUGGACCCCACCACAAAUCCCACAAGUACAGAGAACAGCAGUCGCCUUCUCCUACUCGGGGACAAAAGGAUGUCUUUGUAGCACACUCGCAGCCACACUCAUCCCUUCACUUUUUACCCGCCGUCCUUCGCCCGCUGUCGCUUGGCCUGUUCAUUUUCCUAUGCUUGCUCAUGCUCGGUGCGCUCAUCUUCGCCGCUGUCUACUCCAAUCGCGAUGAAGCCUACGGACUGUGGGACUACGGUGGUUUUGGCGAUACUCGCUACUUCGUUUUCCGAUAUCUCCCAACCUUGCUAGGCAUGCUCUUGUUCCUCUGGCUCAUCCAGAUCCAGGCAGCCCUUCAACGCAUUGUUCCGUUCAUAUCCAUGUCUUCAGACUCUUUCCACCGGAGAUCCGAAGCCGUGUUUCUUCGACUAUACCCGAUGCAGUUCGUUUUGCCAAAUAUUCAGCAUUUCCGCGCUGGACAUCCCGGUAUCUGUGCCUUUUUUGUCAUUUCAUGGCUUUUUGCAUGGACAGUCCCUCUUCUUGCUUCCAGUUUCAACGUACGGUAUAAUGUGGUACGCUCCGCUUGGAGAUGGGUCGCUGUACAAGGCGUCAUCUGGACAGUCGUUGUUCUCUACAUCCUUCUGGUGCUCGUCCUGAUCUAUCUCAUGGUCUUCCUCAUGCGCAGCCCGACUGGAUUGAAAUGGGACCCGCGAUCGCUCGCAGACAUCAUCGCUCUUCUGGAGCGCUCAAACAACCUUGGAGAUUACAACAACUCGGAGACUUUCGAUAAGGGCGACUGGAACAAUGUUGCUAACCGUGCUGACCGCCUGGGCUACUGGACUACUACGAAGCGACCAAGCGACGUUUUCUACGGUAUUGGAGAGGAAGGUGCUGAGAUCCGGAGAUUCCAGGUCGAGGAGGGACGCAUCAGAGAGCAAGGACCAGACCGCGCAAAUCUUGACGUAGCUCAGGGCAACGACUUUUCGAUCCGCAUGGACAUUCGCAGCCCGAAUGUGCGACUUCGCUAUUUGCCCUGGUGGCUGAAGGACGGUUCAGUUAUUGCCUGGAUUGUCAUCGCCUGUAUCCUUUUGAUCGCCUUCUACGUCGUCAGCUUUGUGAACGACGCUGUUCGCCUCGGUUUCCUACCUCGAGUCUUUGCUCGUACAGGCACUGACGGUUUCUCCGCCUCGAACUUCCUGUACUCGUUCGUCCCAGCAGUCAUCGGCCAGUUCCUAUUCCUAGCACUCUUGUCGCUCGACUACUCUAUCCGCGUACUCCAGCCAUACAUGGCGCUCGCAUCCAAAGGCGGAGCCACUGCUGAAACUUCUCUGUUGGUCGAUUACGCUUGCCGCCUGCCAUUCUCAGUAACACUGGCUGCGCUCGAGAACAAGCAUUUCCAAACGGCAGUUCUAUCCUUCGUCUCAUUCGCAUCCAUGUCCCUGCCUAUCCUCGCAGGAGGCUGCUUCUGGACCCAGUACUACGGCGACGUACGAAACGUCCGUGUCGCCGCCGAACUCCCCGGUUACUACGCCCUCUGCUUCUUCCUCGCCCUCUACACCAUCAGUCUCUUCGCCCUCAUCCCGGGUCGCCGCCGAGCCGCACUCCCCCACCGCAGCAACACCCUCUGCGAAAUCAUCAGCUGGGUCUACCAAUCCCCCAUCCUCACCGACCGCGCCUUCGCCCACCCCCAAACUAAACCCGACCUCGUCGCUCGCCUCAUGGGAACCACCUACGCCGAGCGCACCUGGGCCCGCUCCGUCGCUUCUCUCGUCCGCCCCUCCCGCAGCAACCUCCGACCCGACUCACCCACGGACCCCGCGCUGAAAGAGAAGGCGAGAAAAGACGGUCAGCACGACUCUCUUGUCAACCCCGGCAAGAUCAGAUACGGCUUCGGUAUCCACGUCGGCCGCGACGGCCUCGAACACCUCGGUAUUGAUCGCGUGCGCCGCGGUGGUGACCGAAGUGGCCGCGAACUCGUUAUCUGGGAGGAGCAGCAGCAUGAUCAUAAGAGGAAGAGUUGGACCAGUCAGGUGUGA